UUUGUGGGCGGCUCGUUCAUCUUGCCAACAGUAAAGAUGGCGGACCGGCUGACGCAGCUCCAGGAUGCGCUGAAUUCUCUGGCGGAUCAGUUCUGCAACACCAUCGGGGUCCUCCAGCAGUGCGCUCCCCCCGCCUCCUUCAACAACAUCCAGACCUCUAUCAACAAGGAGCAGCCCCCCAAUCCCACCGAAGAAUACGCCCAGCUGUUUGCCGCUCUCAUUGCCAGAGGGAAGGAUAUUGAGGUUCUGAUUGAGUCUCUGCCCAGCGAGGAAUCCACGGCCGCCCUGCAGGCCGCCAGUCUGUACCAACUGGAGGAGGAGAAUCAUGGGGCGGCGGCUCGGCUGGAGGAGGUGGUGUAUAGGGGGGACAUGUUACUGGACAAGAUCCAGACACUCGCUGACAUUGCUCAGUCCCAGCUAAAGACUCGCAGCAGAGCUCACACUCAGCAGCCUCUCCCUGAAUCCUAACAGCAGGGGGCGCUCAUUCCCCACACAAUAUCAAACCAUUACACUGACUGUCACAUAUUCAACUGCAUUGCUGCCCCGAGGCCCUCGAGAGGGGUAACUGGAUAUUGCCAUGAGCACCCAUCUCUCUCCCUGUACCCUCAUUACUGACCCCUCUACAUCUGAUUCUGUGUACUGCACCCCAUGUGACCCCUCUCUGCCCAGCGCACCCCACACUCAGGCCUCAUGGGAGAGAAAGGAAUGUGUGUUUAAAGGGAAAAUAUGCCAAUACGUGUGUUGUUUCUUCUAUAAUAAAUCUUUUUCAGACUAGCA